GGGGUUGGGCCAGACCAGACGAAGGAGGGGCAGGCAUCGUCGACUGACAGAACGGAACUCAGGGGGGUCUGUGAUGUCUGCCUGUCUCAGUUGGCGAGAGAGGUCGAGGUGAGGGUUUACGCCCUGACGCAGAGAGCCAUCGGUCAGAGAGCCAGCCAUGGUCAGAGAUCAAGGUGAAAAGAGGUCAGAGCAUGCCAAUCCCAUACCCAUACCCAUGCCCAUGCCAUGCCAUGUCAUGACGGCCAGACGGCGGAGCGCAGAGCAUGGAGCACGGAGCACGGUACAACGGCAAACAAACACGACCACGACACGAUACGACCGCGGACACGACACGCGCAGGGGGCCAGCGAGGAGGAUCCUCCUGGGCCAGCCGCACCUCCGCACCUACCGACAGUGGCCUCGUGCGCCUCGCGGCCGGGUGGUUUGCUUGGUCGACUUGGUUCGUUGCUCAAUGCUGACCGACCUGGGGGAACAGGGGGAUUGCCAGGACGUCCGUCUGCCUCCUGCACCGCCGCCACGGUCCCCGCCACGACAUGACCCAAACGACACGGACUUCAUGGCACACCUCCGAGUGCCCAGGCCCAUCAUCGGACUAGCUCUGGAGCUCUGGAGCCCUGGAGCUCUCCCACAUUCCUGGGAACGCCGCCGCGCGAACUUGUUGCUCGCUCGCUUGGCCCUCUUGGCCCUCCGUCUCUGCGCUCUCCCACGUUUCCCACCCCUGGCUGGCUCCCCUCUGUCCUCACCAGCGCCCUGCGCCCUGCCCCCUUGCUGCCCUCUAACAACUAGAUGCCGUCUCUCCCCCGUCCUCUCCCCCCGCCCGUGUGUGCGUGCGUGCGUGUGUGUGUGUGUGUCUGUGUGUGUAUGUGCGCAUGUGUGUGCCAUAUGUGCCCAAUCCGCACCCCAACCGCAAUCGCAGCCGCAACCACAGCCGCAGCCGCACUCACAGUUGUUCAGAGAAAAUUCCCAACCCCCGUUCCUCCGGACAUGUUCCCUCUUGCGCUCUUGCGGGCUCUCUCUCCUCACUUGCCUUUCUGUCCCAUGAAAGCGACCUUGUGCCGUAGUCCCGCUCCUCCGAAUAUUUUCGGCGCUCCCCCCCCACCCCAUGAUAGAAGAUUUCCCCCUGCUCCCAUUGU